AUGGCCCCCUCGGAGCUCGUGUGGCAAGCCGCCCGGUACGGCUGGCGCUCCACGGCGCCGUGGCCCGCAAGCGGCGCCGGCGGCCUGGAGCUGCGCCCCCGGCCUCAGGCGCCCUACUGGCCCUGGGCUUCCCUCCGCGAGCUGCGGCCUGGGGCGGCGCCGAGGCUUGUGGCCGAGGCUUGUGGCGGAGGCUUGUGGCUUGUGGCUUGUGGCUUCGCCGCGGACGGCCGCCCAGGCUGGGUCCGCGAGCAGCUUCCGAGCGGCCGGUGGCAGCGCCACGAGCUCCCGGACCGCUGCGCCUCGGUGCGGCUGCGCUGGGAGAAGGCCGCGGGGUGGUGGAAGCUGUGGGUGGAGGAGGGCGCGGAGAGGCUGGUGCUGGAGGCGACCUUCGAAAGCCCCGAGCCGCAGCUGGUGCUGGAGGCGACCUUCGAAACCCCCGAGCCGCAGUUGGAGCUGCGCACGCAUUCAACAUUUGUGGACCGCUUCGAUUUCUCCUUGCUUCCCCCGCCUGAGAUCCAGUCGCGGCUUGAUGAGUCCACCCGCCAGGCAAUCAUGCGGGAGAAGCAGGAGCUGCAGAAUCAGCUGGACGAGUCCAAGCGCCGCUAUGAGCUGUUGGCGAGGGAGAAGGCAGAGGAGACACAGAAAGCCGAGUCUGCGCAGCAUGAGAAAGAGGCUUUGCAGCAGAGGAUUGAGUCGCUCAUGGCAGAGCUCGAGACGGAAAAGGAGCAGAAGGAGAUCGCGCAGACCCUCCAGAAGCAGCUUGACGAGUUGGCGCAGGAGAAGGCGGAGGAGAUGAAGAAAGUUGAGGGCUUGCAGCAAGAGAACGAGAUUCUGCAGCAGAGGAUUGCGUUGCUGACCCAGAAGGCGCAGAAGUCUGAGCAAAUGAAGCAACGCAUCUUGCACCUGAAGGAGCACUUCGAUGAUGUUCUGGCUUUCAGCCGCUCUGACGCUGGUCCUCAAGCUGAAGGCCCAAGCCUGGCCCUUGGCGGCUCAGGUGAAGAUCCGACUCCCAAGGAUGCCUCGGAUGUGUUCUCCGUCGUCGGAGAGUCAGAGCACUCGGACGCCAGCAGCCGCUCGGCCAAGUGCUUCUUGCCGAACACGGCGUUGCACGGCGUGGAUGGCCACCUGCUCCGAGUGGAGAAGUUGAAGAUCGGAGACCGCGUGCGGCUGCUGGACCACAGCGAAGCCGCCGUCGUGGGCAUGCACCUGCACCGCGCCAAGAAGAAGCCGUACGGCUUGGUGGAGCUCACGACGCGGCAAGGGCUGUCCACAGUGUCCAAGUCCCACCGCGUGGCGGUGCCUGCAGGCGAGUCUGAAGGCGCGGCGCAUCAGAUUAAAUGA